AUGGCGUCGCCCCCUGCGAUGCCCCGCACAUCAGGGCCCUCUGAUGACAACAGCUCUUCGAACCCACUGCGUCGAACCUCGCUAGGAUUUCUCCGCCGCGCGAAAUCAACAGAACGCCUCGUGGACCGCAAACUGUCCGGCAAGGUCAGCAAGAAGCUGUUGAAGGAGCAGGCCAAAGAAGAGCAGCUCCGUCGUCAGCGCGAAGCAGCCGCCAUCCCAAAAAACGCGCCACAAUUGCCUGUCAUCCCUCCUCCCCCGCAGCUCAACACCUUCGGUGGUGAGAAUGGCCGUGGAGAAAAAAUCGGAUUGCCCACCCGCUUGAAAUCGUAUCAGAUUACUCCACCAAAUUACCCACCCGUCCCGCCGAUUCCUUACGCCGAUAUUGGCCCAAGACCGGAGAGCAUGGCACACCGAGGGCGUUACAGUUAUGCUAGCAGUGCUGUCAGCACAAUUAACAGCCCUAGGAGAGUCCGCAGACGAAAGGACCCCACGCCUUACAAUAUCCUUGUGAUUGGAGCAAAAAACUCUGGCAAGACAUCCUUUGUUAAUUUUUUGAAAAAGGCUCUUGCCCUGCCGCCAAACAAACGUCCAACACGCAGCGCAGAGGAGAUGGACGACCUCUCCCAUGGACCACCAAAUGGCUGCUUCACUUACCAUUAUCUUGAAACAGAAAUAGAUAACGAGCGAAUCGGGCUGACCCUAUGGGACUCCCAAGGCCUAGAAAAAAGUAUUGUAGACCUCCAACUACGCGAGAUCACUGGCUUUGUGGAAAGUAAAUUUGAAGACAGCUUUGCUGAGGAAAUGAAAGUGAUUCGGUCACCUGGAGCCCGUGACACCCAUAUUCACUGCGCAUUUUUGAUUCUUGAUCCCGCGCGACUCGAUGAAAACAUCGCUGCCGCGCAAAAGGCUGCUGAGGGGCAUAAUUCUAAACCAAAAAGCCGCGUGAUCGGUGGACUAGACGAACUUUUGGAUUUGCAAGUCCUCCGCACUAUGCAAGGCAAAACUACUGUCGUACCUGUCAUUAGCAAGGCCGAUACGAUUACUACCGCACAUAUGGGCUUUCUGAAAAAGACCGUAUGGGACAGCUUAAAAAAAGCGAAUAUCGAUCCGUUAGAAGUUCUGACACUCGAGGACCUUGAUGACUCCAGUAGCUUUGACAACUUCGACGAGAGAGACGAGGACGAGCCGGCCAAUGAGCCUCGCCGCACCCCAGACUCCGAUGUUAUACCCAACAGUGCCCAGCAUGCAGUAUCAUCUCCUCCGCCCUCAGGAAAGCCCUUAGAAAAGCAACAAAAGCGCAAUUCGUCAUCUAGCAUACCCGCUAACAAUGAGCCUUUUAUCCCACUUUCAAUUCUCUCUCCCGACCCGCACACCCUUGAUUCCGAUGGCCCGGUUGGGCGUAAAUUCCCGUGGGGAUUUGCAGAUCCAUACAAUCCAGAGCAUUGUGAUUUCCUAAGGCUGAAAGAAAGCGUUUUUGGCGAAUGGCGUGCUGAACUUCGCGAAGCCAGCCGCGAGGUCUGGUAUGAGAGAUGGAGAACCGUUCGACUGAACUAUAAUGGCCUAGGAAAUGGAAUGAUCUAA